AUGGCAUCCGCGACAGACACUUCAGAAGUAACUGAGUCCGUCUCAAAGCUCACCAUUGACCCGAGCAAGGCGGAUUCAGCCGCAGCAGCCGAGUCUCAGAAGACAAAGCUCAAGAAGAAGAAGGCUGUAGCAGACUCGUGGGAAGACGAAGAGACAUCGUCAGAUGAUGACAGUACUUUGACAUCGCCUCCCCCGCCAAAUCAUGAGACUAAGGACAAGUCAGCACCACCUCCGAAACCCAGCACUUCUAGUCACAAGUUUGCUGCAGCGCAAUCACAGCCCCCUCUGGUUGCUUCCUGGUCAGAAAAGGACGCAGGCGGGGCUGCACAUGCACGCCGUCCUGAGAAGACAGAUGCUGUGGCCCGCCGAAUGAUUGCGAGCGCACUGGGUGUUCGUAUUCCUAGGCAAACUGAGGAACAGAGGGCGUACGAAAAGUCGCUCCGCGAGGCUGAACGGAAACGGAGAGACGAUGAGCGGGCUGCUCUGAAACGGCAGGAGGAAGAAAAAGAAAAAGCAAAGAAAGCCAUAUGGGAGGACUAA